AAAAAAAGACUGUCAUGGACGCCAAAUUGCAUUUUUUUUAAUGAAAAUUAUUGAAAAUGUGUGAUAGUUAAUUAAUUUAAAGCCCUAAUCCACCAAUACGCAAGAUUAUGACACAGUCUAUUGUUGUUCAAGUUGGCCAGUGUGGUAAUCAGAUUGGUUGUCAGUUCUGGGAUUUAGCUCUUCGAGAACAUGCAGCAAUAAAUAAGCGAGGUGUUUAUGAUGAAUCAUUAAGUAGUUUCUUCCGUAAUGUUGACAGUCGCUACGAUGACCCUCCAAAUAUUUCAGUUUCAGAAAGCAAAGGUCAAAUACGAUCCUUGAAAGCAAGGGCUGUAUUGGUUGAUAUGGAAGAGGGUGUAGUUAGUGAAAUUAUGAAGGGAUCAUUGCGAGAUGUUUUUGACUGUCGACAGUUGAUCACAGAUGUAUCAGGAUGUGGAAACAAUUGGGCUGUUGGACAUAAAAUGUAUGGAUCUCAGUAUGGGGAACAGAUCUCGGAGACAAUUCGAAGAGCAGCUGAAUUUUGUGAUUGUUUACAAUGUUUCUUUAUUUUACACUCGAUGGGCGGAGGAACUGGAUCUGGUGUUGGUACGUUUGUGUUAGAUAUUUUAGCAGAUGAAUAUCCGGAUGUAUACAGAUUUGUAACAGCAGUUUAUCCAUCCGCUGAAGAUGAUGUGAUUACCUCCCCUUAUAACAGUGUUUUGGCCAUGAGACAAUUAACAGAAAAGGCUGAUUGUGUUUUACCUAUAGAAAAUCAGGCUUUAGUAGAUAUUGUUAAUAAAAUAUCACAUGCCAUACCAUCAACAAAAACUGGUAAAAAGGUUUUUACGUCAACAGUAUCUAAUAGUAUAAAACCUGAUAGUGCUAUAACUAAUAUAGAGGGAGCUAUAAGUAAAGAUGAGAAGCCAUUUGAUGCCAUGAAUAAUAUAGUAGCUAACUUAUUACUUAACAUGACAAGUUCUGCCAGAUUUGAAGGAUCAUUAAAUGUUGAUUUGAAUGAGAUAACAAUGAACUUGGUACCGUUUCCACGGUUACAUUAUCUUGUUGCUAGUCAAAGUCCACUAUAUGUGUUUAAAGAUGUCCACCUUCCUCCAAGAAGGUUAGAUCAGAUGUUUACUGAUGCAUUUUCUAAAGAACAUCAACUUUUGAAAGCCGAUCCUAAACACAGCCUCUACCUGGCUUGUUCUCUCAUGGUUCGUGGAAAUGUUGAGAUGUCUGACAUCAGACGUAAUAUAGACAGAUUGAAAUCCAGUCUCAAAUUUAUACAUUGGAAUCAAGAGGGAUGGAAGACAGGUCUUUGUAAUGUAGCCCCAGUUGGCCAGCCAUAUUCUUUAUUAACAAUGGCUAAUAACACGUGUGUAUGUGAGAGCUUUACCAAUUUAAAAGAUAGAUUUGUUAAACUUUACAAGAGAAAGGCUCACAUACAUCACUAUACAUCUGUAGAAGGAAUGGAAGUCGGUGAUUUUACUGCCAGUCUCGAAUCAUUAAAUACACUUAUCAAUGAAUAUUAUCAACUUGAUAAGACGGCUGGUAACCCAAACAUCAACCAACCACGAUUACAAAUAAAUUCAUGAUAUUCAGCAAAAUCUAUUGGAUUAUUCCAGUGGUGAUAGUGAACAAAUAGAUGCCAACACAGCAAACCAUAAAUAUUUACAAUCAUAUGAAGAUUGCCAUGACUACCUUGCACACUACACUGUUUAUGGUAACUAGUGGCCAUAGUGAACAAAUAAAUGGUAACACAGAAAACCAUUAUGAUGGUCGCCGUGACUGCACACUCUUGAAAGUACUGUAACCAGUGGAGAUAGUGAACAAAUAGAUGGUAAAACAGAAAACCAUAAAUAUUUACCAUCAUGUAAAGAUUGCCAGGACUACAUUGAACACUGUUCAUGGUAACCUGUGAACAAAUAGAUGGUAAAUCAUAAAUAUAAACCGACAUAUGAAGUUGCCCAUGACUACAUUGCACACUCUUGAUGGUAAGCAGUG